AUGGACAGCGAGGAGGUGUUUGAGCGCGAUGUACAGUCGAACUAUGCUGCUUCUUUGAAAGUGUCGAGCACAGCGCCAACAAGGCUGUCACGCCCCAUCCAGGAGCGUCUAUACAGGACAAGCAAACUUUUCUGUAUGGGACAGUUCGUCGAGAGUGAUGAGUCAGUGGAGUUUCUCACAACUCUGUCAGUGCUGUGCUGCAUCUCAGUCUUUGCGUGGUCGAGCAAAGGACCAAAGGGCCCCACUGGAUUUGGCGCGCACGUCAAUGUCCAAGCGAUCCAUCAUGGCAUACGCCGGCAUAUGACGAACCCCAAGACGUGCGUGCUGCAGGAAUUAACUGAUGCAAUGGCGCAUACAUUCACUGGCAUCGGCCCUCAGCACGUCCAUGUGCAUAUUGUCGGUGGGCAUCAAUACACUGAGAAAGAUGAGAACCUACGAAUCCAAGGAGGCCAGCCUUCGAUGAGCUGGCACGUGCUGGGUGCAGUGCGAGCAGCUGGGUUCACCAAGAUCAACCAAAAAAUGCUCAAUGUGUUUCCGGGUGGACCUUUGGGGCCAUCACCAAUGUGCGAACGUCGCUUGGUUCAAGACAAUCAGCGCUUUGAUGUUGCAGCACUCCACUUGAAGACAGGGUGCAUCGUGACCCACACUGACCACUCAGCAGAAAGCGCAGUUCCUACGGAAAUGUACCAAGUCAACGACAAGAUCACGUGGACCGUUGGAAAUUGUCCUCUACGCCAUGUGGAUGAUCCAACCGUGUACCCUGUCAAAUGGCUGUUGUCACUGGUGGCGUGCCUUUGCCUUUGGGCCGUGACCGAUUUCAUAUACAGCGCUGGUUUCUUUGUGCUGCUCGUGUGGAAGCUGGAGCCCAGCUCUUUCACCAACUUGAGCAUGCGCCACUGGCAGACUUAG